CGCCACACAACCAGCAGCCAGUCGAGUUGGUGCACCGGUUGAUCAGAUCUCGGAUUUGUCCCGCUUGGCCCAGAGUUUCACUUCUUCUGGUUUAUAUCUACCCUGAGGAUUUAAAAAAAAACCAUACACAGGAGGAAGACAUCACGCUAAAUAGGUGACAUUUUAAAAGAGCCUGUUUGUCAACUUGUCAUUGUGGUACAAACAUGACGGAGGUGGCGCAGGUCGCGGCUGCAGUCGCCCACGACAUGGAUGAUGUCACUAAUGAAAACGAGCACAGCAUGAGCGAAACUGAAAGUAAGGUAGAUGAUAUGACACAUGAGGAGAAUGAUGUGGCGGUUAAUGAAGAUGAUGACACUGAGGAGAAAAGUGAGAAAGCAUCACACACAGAAGACAAAAAGCCUUGCCACAUGAAUGAUGAAGAAAAGAGUGACGAGACUGACAAGCCACAUAUGAACGGUGUGGAGCACAAAGAAAAUGACACAGCCAAAGAGAAAAAUGAAAAACCAGAAGCUGUUAAUGGAGUAUCACAGGACAGAGAGAAGGAGGAGGAGGAUGCACAACCUGACACAAAUGAAGAUCAGAAUAUGUCUGAUUUGGCUCUUAAGAAAGAGAAACUCCUCCGAUCCAGAAAGCCGGUGGCCAGAAGCUACGUGCCCAAGAUGAACAAAGACAAGGGGGAUGUGACGAACAAGUAUGAGGCCAUGCAGAAGGCCAGGGAGGAGCGCAGCAGGCAAAGGAACAAGGACCAGCAGCAGAAGAGGAAAGACCAAUACGUCAAGGAGAGAGAAUGGAAUCGCAGGAAGCAGCAGAUAAAAGAACUACUUGCUUCCAGUGAUGAGGAGGAAGAGGUGAAGCCAGCAAAGGUUGAAAAAUCCUACGUUCCCAAAAUCACAGGUAGUGUGAAGGGGAAGUUUGCAGAAAUGGAAAAACAAAGACAAGAAGAGGAAAGGAAGAGGAUGGAAGAGGAGAGGAAGAAAAGGGAAGCCCAGGACAAGUUGGAAAAAGCCAAAAUCAAGAAAGAAUUGGCUCAGAAAGCAGCAGAGGAAGGAGAUGACACAAUCCUGGUACGGGUGGUUCCAGCAAAACCAUCACGACCUCCUGGCAGAAUCAAGAUGAACUUUGAGGACAUGGAGAAGAAUCGAGAGGAGGAAGUGAAGAAGAAGGCAGAGGAAGAGAAGAAGAGACGGUACGAUGAAAACAGACGCUCCUUCAGGGAAGCCAAGCGGCGCUCAGUUGUUGAACAGGAUGAAGAGGAGAAGCCCUCUGAGAAGAUGCAGGUGACUCCUGGAAAGCUGAAGAUGACAUUUGAGGAGAUAGAGAAGGAAAGGCAGGAGCAGAGGAAGAAGCAGGCUGAAGAGGAGGCCAAACGCCGUCUGAUAGACGAGAAGAAAGCUUUUGAGGAGGCCCGGCUGGGAAUGGGAGAAGAUGAGGAUGACGCCCAGCCAUCUCAAGAAGACAAGGAGGAGUUCCGACCUGGAAAACUGAGGUUGAGCUUUGAAGAGCUGGAGAGGCAAAGAGUUGAAGAAGAGCGCAAGAAAGCAGAGGAAGAGGCCAAGAGACGGAUGGAGGAGGAGAGAAGAGCCUUUGCUGAAGCCAGGAAGAGCAUGCUUGUAGAUGAGGAUGAUGAGGCGCUGAUGGCCUUGUUGAAUCUGGAGGGAAAUAAGCCUGGGAAAAUAUGCGCCAGUUUUGAGGAGCUGGAGCGCCAGAGAAGAGAAGAGGAGCAGAAGAAAGCCGAGGAGGAGGCCAAGAAGAGAUUGGAAGAGGAGAAGAGGCUUUUUGCUGAGGCCCGCAAGAGCAUGAGCCCUGGCCUGGAUCAGGAAAAGUCUGCAUAUGGAGAUGAAACAGCACCAGAUGAGGAAGAAGGGCUGGUGAAGAGUGACUCUCAGGAAGCACUGCACCCUAGAAAACUGGAGAUCAACUUUGAAGAGCUGCUGAAAGAGAAGGAGGAAGCUGAAAGAAGACGUAAGGCGGAGGAGCGUAAAAAGAAAAUGGAGCAGGAGAAGCAGGAAUUCGAACAACUCAGACAAGAAAUGGGCGAGGACGAAAUAAACGAAAGCUCAGAUGUUGUAAGCAAAGAGUAUGAAGAGCUGACUAAGCUCAAGAGAACCGGCUCCAUCCAGGCCAAAAACCUCAAGUCCAAGUUUGAGAAGAUCAAGCAACUGACUGAUGAGGAAAUCCAGAAAAAGAUUGAGAUGGAGAGAGCACGGAGGAAGGCCAUUGAUGAUGAAAUUAAAGAGAGAGAAGCUGAGAGGUUCCAGGAGGAGGAUGAGGAAGGAGAAUCAACUCCGACGAGGCCCGAGGAGUCUCCAUUCAAACAGAAGGUGGACAUGCGAGCCCGAUUUGAGCAAAUGGCCAAAGCCAGAGAGGAGGAGGAGAGGAGGAGGAUAGAAGAGCAGAAGCUGCAGAGGAUGCAGUUUGAGCAGCAAGAGAUUGAUGCUGCCCUCCAAAAAAAAAAGGAGGAUGAUGGGGAGGAAGAGGGUAGCAUCAUCAAUGGUUCUGCAGCCUAUGAAGAUGAGGAGGAUCACGCCAGGUCGGGGGCUCCAUGGUUUAAAAAGCCCCUUAAGAAUCAAUCAGUGGUGGACUCGGAGCCAGUUCGGUUCACCGUUAAGAUCACCGGGGAGCCGAAGCCGGAGGUGACCUGGUGGUUUGAGGGAGAGAUGCUCCAGGACUGUGAGGACUAUCAGUAUAUAGAGAGAGGAGAGACAUACUGCCUGUACCUGCCAGAGACCUUCCCAGAGGACGAGGGAGAGUACAUGUGCAAGGCUGUGAACAGCAGAGGCACAGCAGCCAGCACCUGUAUCCUCACAAUAGAAACUUAUGACUACUGAUUGAAGCCCUUCCACGUUCUGGAAACUUUCCCUGUUGUCUCUCACUCCUUUUGUAAAAUUUUGUCCCUCAAGGUAUGGUAUGGUCAAACAGCAGAGGGAAGAAAAUUGCAGUAUGCUUGGCAUUCCUUAGGGAGGGAUACACACGCGCACACACACACACAAAAGAAAAAAAAAAAGCAAGAUGUUUACGUAUUGCUCAAUUGUAAAAAGCUGCACUCCCUGUUAGAGUAGGAUGAUAACUGUGCCAAAAACAGACAUGAUUCUUGUUCCUAUGCCAAGGAUUGCAAAAAUUUCAAAACUAUCUUCACUGAGAGGCCCUUCAAUGAUAGUUGUGAUACCAGCCAUUUUUAAGUAUCAUAGUACUGUAUUGUAAAUAUCACACCUUAUGGUCCAUACAUGGCAAACCUGAUGCUUGAGCCACUGAAAUGUAAAAAAAAAUGCAAUGCCCUUGUUUGCUGAUUAUAAAGAACAAUGUGCGGAAAUAUCAGUAAAACAUCUUACAUGCUUGCUUGGGUAUUCUACUACUGCUCAACAACUUCAUCAAUCAACUUUAUCAAUCAGCAUGUAGUUUUCUGUACCCUUCUCUAUAUUAGUCAAUGGUAUUGUGAUACUUGCCUGGUAUUAUAUUGUGGGGUUACAUGUUAGUCAUCUCUGUGGGGUUUGUUUACAAUGAUAUGACAUUGUACUGGUAGCAGCAUAAUGGAGGAACAAAACAAUUUGAACUUAUGUACAUCCGAAUUUUCAAUGAAAUUCUUUAGGUCCAUAUAAAGUGUUUUUUAAUUGCAGCAUAUAAACAAUUUUAAUAUGUUGAUUUUUCAUGCACCAAUCCCCCUUUUGUCUUUUUGAGUUAAAUGUAAUACUCUUGAUACAGUCGUAAUAAUUCAGUUGUGCUGGACAGUAGGUAACCGUUUUAUGGUUUGAUAAUGAAAAAACAUAGGCUAGCCUGAAUAUUUGUGACAUAUUAUAAAUGAAAAUGUUUUAAUAAAACAAACAAAAAUAACACAA